AUGGAGAAAGUUGAGAUUGCUACUAGGAAGUCGGAAAGCUUAGGCUCUUUAUGGGAUUUUAUUCUUUUCGAAUUUAAACUUGGCUAUUCUCUAGAAAAUGACGAAAAAGAAUUUUCAGACAAGAGAGAAAAAGUUUACAAUUUUAUGAAAAUACCCUUAGAAGUAGAACGAUUCAUGUUGUAUGGAAUUUGUCAGUGUGUAGAUUCAUUCCUAUUUGUAUACACAUUCCUACCAUUACGGGCAUUAGUCGCAUUAAAAUCAUUAAUUUGUAGUUCUUUAUCAAAAUUAAAUGGCAAUCAUGAAAAAAAUUACUUAUCUGCUGCAGAAAUUUGUGACUUGCUAAAGAUGGCUGUACUUAUAACAUGUUUGAUGAUGUUAUUACCGUGGGAUACGUCAAUGAUAUAUCAUAUAAUUAAACGCCAGUCGGUUAUUAAGUUAUAUAUACUUUUUAACAUGUUAGAGGUCGGAGACAGGUUAUUUUCAUCAUUUGGCCAAGACAUUUUAGACGCUUUGUUUUGGACCGCUACUGAACCUAAGACUAGUCAGCGUUCACAUUUUGGCGUUUUACCACAUUUUAUUAUUGCUGUGUUUUAUGUCUUUUUACAUAGCAUACUUGUAUUAUGCCAAGCUACCAUAUUGAAUAUCGCCAUUAAUUCUAAGAAAGGGGCAUUACUACCAAUCAUGAUGUCCAAUAACUUUAUAGAACUUAAUGGGAGCGUGUUUAAAAAGUUUAAUAAAACAACUUUGUUCCAAUUAUCGUGCAGUGAUAUCCGUGAACGAUUCCAUCUGUUCAUAUUAUUACUGAUAGUUGUAGUGCAAACAAUGAAAGAAUACCAAUGGACUAGUGAAUCAUUUUGGAAGUUGAUGCUUGACUGCGUGAAUGUUAUGAUAUUGGAAAUUAUAAUUGAUUGGACGAAACAUGCAUUUAUCACUAGGUUCAAUGAAAUCAACUUGUCAGUGUACAGUGACUAUUUAUUGAGCUUUGCUUAUGACACUGCACAGUCUUAUAAUAAAAAGGCAUUUACUGAUCACUCGGAUUCGGUGGCAAGACGAAUGGGAUUUAUCCCAAUUCCCCUUGGAGUAGUUAUAAUUAAGGUUUUAACUAAGUGUGUGUCUAUUGAUGGGCAACUAGUUUCCAUAGUUCUACUAUUGUCUACAUUAACAUGUGUAGCCACAUUGAAAAUUGUUAAUCUUGUCUAUAUAAUAGGAAGAGCUUGCAAGAUGAUAAACCUCGACAAAACGGUAUGUGAAAAUAAAAAUAAAAAUAAAUCUCAAUUAUUUAUUUAUUUUGAUAUUAUAAUCAAUAGAUUGAUUUACGGGAGGCAUACCUUAAUACACAAAUAUUAG